AUGAAAACCUCAGGGUCGCGCAUAAAGAGCAACGUCUCUAGAAAGUGCAAGCUCGGCGAGCAUCAAGAUACCAGUCAGUUUCCUGAAAUGCAGGACUACUUCUCUAAAACGUACAGUGUAGAGAAUAGUACUGUUCAGAAUAGUAAUCUUUCUUAUGGGGUCAUCAAUUUGUUUAUCUAUGAAAUUCCAAUCUCAGCUAUCUAUGACAAACUGUCCAAAUUAGAUGCUAAUAAAGGACCUGGACCUGAUGGUGUACCCCCGUUGUUGAUUAAACAUUGUAGCUUUCUGAUUUCUAGACCUCUAUUUUAUAUUUUUAAUCUUAAGUUGAAAAGUGGAACUUUUCCGGAAUACUGGAAAACAAGCUUCAUUACUCCAAUACUGAAAUCUGGAGAUCCUUCACAAGUCAAAAAUGAUCGACCUAUCAGUAAACUGAGUUGCAUUGGAAUGGCAGCUCCAGGACCGUCCACUAUGACUCUGGGCCAGUUAGCGGAUCCGUCGCCAGAAGAUCAUGGAGACUCGCGGAUCCUCAACCGCAUUAAACUACUGGCAUCGCAACACCUUCCGGAUGGUUGGAAGAACUGGAAGGUGGCCAUUACAGAAAGAACAUCUCUAUUUGAGGAUCCAAUGGAUCCUGAGCUGAUCAAUAAGUUGAGAUUUGCCCUUCCAACGGUCGGACUAGCACAAGCAUUUAUCCCGGAUUGUAAGAACCUAUCGGAGAAAACAUAUCGGGAAAUGAAGGUCCGGAUGCUGAAUUGGCCUUUUUUGUGUCGGUCUGGUUAUUGGUCCUCCAGCCUUGGCGUGUCGAAUAAGGGGAUCUGCAGUUCAUCACGAGCUAGUAAUGAGCUCUCUGGACUCACUUCGGCCAUUGUUCAUCUCAAGAAAAGAAGCGGCUCGGAGAUUGGCAGCAGAUUCUUCGGAGGGCGAGAGUUCAUCAACGGGUGCUUCUGA